CCCGGUGCUCCUGGGGGAAGGCAGCGACGCUCCGGGACGCAAAAAGCGCAACGCACACAUGCUCUAUAAGCGCCCGUGCGUUCGUGCCACUUGAAUCCGUAUAGGACAUGGAGAGAGCGAUGUGAUUGGACGCAGAAGAUUCCAAAGACAGGCCGCUUUCCGACAGGAGAAGUGGACAGCAGUUGCACCCAAGCUAGUGCACCAGGGGACCAUGGAGCCUGAGGAUGAUCUCUUGACCAGAGACCCUCAAGAUCUGAUGUCCAACCAAGGGCUACUGCCUUCAGCAUCCACCUCCUUACUCAGCUGCACCUUCCUGGGGGGGUUAUUGCAUUGUGAUGACACAAUGGAGAAGGGUGAUGGAAAUGGAGAUUCAGACGGUCCAAAAUGCUUUUUCCCCACACUGGAGCAUUGUGGUAAAGUACAGAGAAGUCCACGAUCUUCAGCCUUCCCCUCAUCUCUGACAUGGGACUCGGACUCGGAGAAAGAAACCUUGGACGAGGAAGAACUUCAGCACUUUUCUAACCCUCAUGGUCUGGCUGCUCACAGCCCAGGAAGUCCCAGCUCUGGACAACAAGACGACAGAUUUGACAUUGAUCCGUGCCAAGAACCUGUGGAAACCAAGCACUUAUUUCUUGAAAACAUCCCACUUGCCCCCCUGGAGGUAGAGAAUCAAGGAGAUGUUACAUACAAGGAGCCGAAAACUACAGACUCCAGCCUACCAAAACAUACAGCAAAACUGGAACAAGACAAAGUGAGUCAUCUACCAGAUACUACACCAAAAGAGGGAUGCCAAAAAGAAGAGAAAAAUGAGCGGAAAAUGCUUAAUAGUAGAGGGCGGGAAGAGAAGAACACCAAAGAGCCAGAUGUAUACACCUUCCCAGGAGACUCUGAGCCAGAGAGUCCACCACCUGGACCUUGGGCGCAAUGCACCUUCAUCCAGCGCCGAAGAAAAAAGAGGGCCAUAUUGAGGCCUUUCUCUGGCUUAGACACUUGGCAAUGCACAACGGGAGCUGGCAGAAGGACCAGAAGAAAACCCUCUGGAGCACAGGAGCGUAGGAAAACCACAAAGGUUGGGGAAAGGAUGUUCAAACUUAAAGAGGAAAAGGAAGAGAAGGUACGAGGAAGGCAGAGGUCAGUAGUAGAUCACCAACUGGAUGGAGACCUCUCCCAAGAUAUUUUUACAUGUGUAGAAUGUAGCAUUUACUUCAAGAAACGUGUCCAUCUGCGUGAACACAUGCGAGAGCAUGGCCAAGUUGGUGAAUCUGGGAAGAAAUGGCAAUGUGGAAAGAAAGACUCUUGGAGUGGACAUCUUAAUAAAAAUGCUUUUGAAUGCAUAGAAUGUGGUCUGGAGUUUGUAGACAAGGUACUGCUGCUAGAUCAUCAACAAUGCCACGAGGAGUCACGGCAGAAAAUCGUUGAAGAGAUUGGAAAAUUAAAUGAGGGGGACAAGGGGGUGGCAGAGCAAGCCAGUUGCAGUAAGGCAUUGGAGCCAGUCAUCCAAGAGUCAACAGAGGUCAGUCAGUUUGUGUGUCUUAAGUGCAACUUUAGCUCUGAUUUGCCUCAAGAACUUGCUGAGCAUACCAAGAUGCACAACACCCGAACAAGGGCUGGUGUCUAUCGAACUUCCCCCCGAUUUCAGCAGAAGUCCUGCAAGAAAGGACAGGUUCAGUCCUCUGCAGAUGUUACAUCAACUUUCGUCACGUCACCUCUCAACAAGAGGUACCCCAUCCGAACAUCCAAAAAAUCUAAAGAAACGCAGCCUGAAAGUGGCCCUUCACAGGUGGACUCUAGUUCAUUGUCUUGCCAAAAUGCUUCUGCAACCCCAGGAGAGGCCACAGACCAACCUGGUAAAGCAACUCUGCAUGAAAAUACAGACCCUGCUGAGGAGUUGAGACAAACAGAAGAGCCCAGGACAACUGUGGCUAAUCCUGUGGAAGAGAAUGUUCCACAACCUCAGCAUCUCAUGUCAUCUCUGCCAAAUCCAAGGGCUACUCCGCGGCAUAAGGAUGUGGCAUUCAAGAGCAUAGGGAAUAAACGCACAGUCUGGGCUACAAGGGGUAAACUUGGGCGCACAAGAGCAAGUACAAGACUGGAUCCUAAAUCCACCCUUACUCCUGUUAUGAAAAAACAAGUCCAAAUCUCAAACCAGACUGAAGAUAAGGGCCAGAUAAAAGACAUUCCACCACCAGAACCAGAACAUGAUCCAAAACAAGACUCCAAAACAGGGACGGAGCCACCUGCCAAUGAUCCGGAUCUCAAAGCCAACGCCUCCUCACAAAAGAAGAACAGCAAAAAGCUUGAAGCACAGGAGGAGGAACCCAAACUCAAAGACAAAUCUGAUAGUCAGGAGAAGAGUGGAGAAGGCACACUUGUUGCUGCAAAACUAGAGGAUGAUGAUGAUGAUGAUGAUAUUGAUGAAGAUGAAGAGGAUGUUGUUAGUCGCCUUAUUGGUGCAUUAACUGAGGAAGAUGAUGAAGAUGAUGAUAGAGAGGGGUUGUUGAAGAGUGUGGAAAGAAAAUGCCCUUAUUGCCCAGAUCAAUUCCAUAAUGGCAUCGGACUAGCCAAUCAUGUUAGGGGUCACUUGAACAGAGUGGGUGUCAGUUACAACGUUAGGCACUUCAUCUCCCCAGAAGAGGUCAAUGCCAUUGAGAAGAAAUUCUCCUAUCAGAAAAAGAAGAAAAAAGUCGCCAACUUUGACACGUCAACCUUCAGUGUAAUGAGAUGUGAGUUCUGCAGUGCCGGCUUUGACACCAGGGCUGGUCUCUCCAGUCAUGCCCGAGCCCAUCUCAGAGACUUUGGCAUCACCAACUGGGAAGUCACAGUUUCUCCCAUUAAUAUUCUCCGAGAGCUUUUUGCCAAGUAUCCAGAUCUUGUUCUACCCACUGCCACCACCCAUACUAUCCAGUCAGGUCAAGAGCAAAACUCUGAUGAGGAGCAAGAGAGCAGGAAAGACAUAAAGGAUGAGGAGAACAUGACAGCACAACCCACCACUCGUUCCUCUGACUCUCCAAAACGGCGCUGGAAGGAAGAGCACAGUAUCAGUGAAUUGGAGGGUGGGGAGGAGGCAGAGGAUGGGGAAGAGGAAGAAGAGGAGGCCCAAAUGCCUGUUGCAGAUAAAUUGGCCACAAGUCCAGGAGAAAAGACCCUGUUCUCCAUUGAGGAACGGAGCCCUGAAUCCAAAGAGACAGAUGCUAUGGGCUCUAACCUGUUGAAAUGUGAGUUUUGUGGUGCUACCUUUGAGACUCGUCGUGGUUUGUCUAGCCAUGCCCGCUCUCACCUACGGCAGCUCGGCAUCGGCAUGUCGGAGAACAGUGGCGCACCCAUUGAUCUCCUCUACCAGAUCACUAAGGAACGCUCCAUUGAUGCACACUUUACUGGCACCUCUUCUACUGUGGAAUCCCCUAAGAAGCCCCAGCACCAUGCCCCUAUUACUCCUAUACCUAGCCCCACAAAAGAUGUUGAAACUGGAGAAGGGCUGCUGGACACCAAGCCCACUGUCCCAUUCUCUAUUGCGGGUUCCGCUAUUAAGGUUUCCUCUUCCCCAACUACUCACUCUGCAGCUGGCUCUCUGCCUUCCUCUCCAUUUGUAAAGUCUCGGUCCCCUUCCCCAGUGCUGAGAAAGGCUCCCAUCUCUUCCCUACUACCCGUGUCUUCCCCACUGCGAACCCAGGAGCAUAAGACCAUAGGAAAGAACCAGUCUACAAACCAUUCCAGUCCGAACAAACCAUUCUGGGCACCGCAAGAGACGGAUGCCCCAUUGAAUCUUACAAUGGACGUGGACUCUAAAGACAUUAUUUGCCAGUUAUGUGGUGCAUGGUUUGAAACAAGAAAAGGCCUCUCGAGUCAUGCUCGUGCCCAUUUGCGCCAUUUUGGGAUUGAGUACUCGGAAUCCAAGGGCUCCCCCAUAGACUUACUCAACCGGUUCAUCUUGACUGAUGACUUUAAGCACAGAGCAAAUUCUUUUCUCUCAGAUGGUCCUGAGGACCUGAGGUCCCAGAAGACCAGCAUGACUUCCCUCCAACCCUCCACUUCCACUUCCCCUAAGAGAUCUCUUCCCUCCAGCCCUGUCCUAUAUAAAAUGGCAAAUUCUUCUAUGAGGACAACCAUUGGCUCCAAAGCUACCUCCUCUUCUAACCACCCCUUUUUGGGCCCACCUCCAAAGAAGCUGAAACCCUCCUCGUUGCAAGUCCUUCGUUUCAGUAGUGGAGAAGUGAUGUCCUUUCCUAUAGAGCCAAUGAAAGACGUGGGCUGUGAAUACUGUGGAGAACUUUUUGAGAACCGCAAAGGCCUCUCCAGUCAUGCCCGCUCCCAUCUGCGCCAACUUGGGAUCACCGAAUGGUCUGUGAAUGGCUCACCUAUUGACACAUUAAAAGAGAUUAUAGUUCGUCGAGGCCUACCGUCCAUCAUGCCUCUAAAGUCCCCCAAAUCUCAGAGCCCAGGACUGUCUCGGCCUGCGCUCCAGUCCUCUUCCCCACCAGGGAAUGUGCUUGGGCGCCUGCCUUUCCACUUUGCCCAAACACCAAGCCACGACCAGCCUUCUACCCGCAAAAUGUCUCCUUCGACAUCCACUGCCAGUUCUUCACCAACCUUAGAGCUGGUUAAACUGAAACCAGAGCCUGAAAUAGUUGAGGUUACCAUGAAAGGAUCAGACAUGGGAGUAAAUGAAAGCUACAAUCCAGAGCCACUACAUUCCAGUUUAAACACUUCAGACAAUAUUUAUCCAGUCAACUUGGUUAUGACUCAGGAGAAGGAACCUUCCCGUGAUAUUCGCUGUGAAUUCUGUGGCGAAUUCUUUGAAAACCGCAAAGGCCUUUCAAGCCACGCACGUUCACACUUGAGGCAUAUGGGUAUCACAGAGUGGUCUGUGAAUGGCUCGCCCAUUGACACACUUUGGGAAGUCAUGAGGAGACAAGGCACUACCCCUGCAUCUGUUGCCUUGGGCAUAAAGGAGGAACCGGGACAGGAUGGUGGGAUUUCAUUGAACAGUAUGGGCUAUCAGUCCUCUGCUCUGUCCCGCAAGUCACCUCUUAACCUGCUCCACUCUGGUUCGCGCCUCCAUAAGCAUGGGCUGGGAAGCAUUGCCUUAUCCUCCACCUCACCUGUGGGGAAGGUUUUUGGAGUGCCUCCGUUGAAGAAGAAGGUGAUGUUGGAGGAAGGACAGCCAGGAGAAAAACUGCUCAUCCAAUCUAAAAACUUCUUGCCUCCCCCACAGGACUAUUCCUUUAAGGGUAAAGCCUCAAUGGAGAAGCAUGGGGUAGGCCACAUGGAUGCCAGUUGUGAACUCUGUGGAUUCUACUUUGAGAACCGGAAGGCGCUGGCCAGUCACGCUCGAGCACAUCUACGACAGUUUGGCGUGACGGAAUGGUGUGUAAAUGGUUCGCCUAUUGAGACACUGAGUGCCUGGAUACGCAGCCGUCCACAGAAGGCAGCAGAGAUGCAGCAAAGUUAUGCACAAGGAGCCCGUUAUACCCAGAAGAAAAGGUGCAGUUCCGCUCUCUCACUGUCCUGUGACUCUGAACCUACUACUCCUGUUCCCCAAAAGCCCGCUGUGGCCAAAUGGGCAUCUCUCACUUUGCCUCAAAAGAGAGCAAUUGGACGGGAUGUCAACAGUUGUUCCUGGAGGUUAUCGUCACGGGGAACAGACACAAAAGUCAGGAGUGGAAGUUCCACUCAGCAUGGCCUUAUUCCACAGCCUGGCAGUCAUCGUUCCAAUAAUGCCCUUCCACAUGCGCAGGUGGCUCAUAGUGAACUCAACGUGCGUUUGCCACGAGGAUUUGAGAGGCGACCACUUAAACACCCGUCACAUGCUGAAGGAGGGGAGGGAGAGAGUGGCCCCCCGAAGCCUCGCUCCAGUACCGUUCCUGCCCUUGUGCCAAAGCCCCCCUCCACCCCGCUGGUUAGACUUGUGGGUAAAAUUUACUCACUCAAGUGUCGGUUUUGUGACGUGGAGUUUCACGGCCCUCUCUCGGUACAGGAGGACUGGAUCAGGCACCUACAGCAGCACAUCCUCAAUCUUAACUACAACAAGACUGCAUCACCCGCAAAUGACACUCCUGCCCAAAGUGACACUCCUGAUCCCAAGCCCCUAGUCUUAGCUGCUACCUCCACUUCCACUACGACCACAGCUCCCGCCACGACCCCGUCUACGCCCUCCCCAAAGCCCGCAACUAUGCCCACAUCAGCCUCUACGCCUACACCCGCUCCCAAACAAGCCUCCGCGGCCACAGCAGAGCCAAUUCCUUCUCCUGCUAAUUAGGCCAUGUGUCCUUCCUACAUGUGUAUGAGAUGCCAUCAUCUUCACCAGUUAUUUCCAUAAUUUGUUUCUGUAUUGCUCAUCUUGAUUAUUUCAAUUUUUGAUCAAAGGGACAGAUUUUUCGAAAAAUCUCAGCUAGCGACCCACUUACCCUGACCUACAUCGCAAGCAUCUGUUAUGAUUCGGGCGUGAGGUAGGUGUGUUGCCAUGACAGUUCUCAUCUCCCUUUCGUCUCGUAAGAAUCGGUAUUUAUGAACAAGAAAAAGUCACAGUAUAAUGCACUUUUUCAUGCAUUUAUGUUUUGUGGAUAUGCUUUGUUUUGAAAAGCAGAAUGAGUAUGUGGUGAGUUCAGUUCUGUAAACUAUUUGGCCCUUAUGCCCAAUGCCUAAUAUUUGUUGUUCAAAAUGAACUCACAAAACUGUUUAGCUUACCAAAUGUAUUCUUAAAUUGUCGACAAAUCAGAGAAUUACAGUCAAAACGGCACAGAUAUAAAACUCAACCUUAAAUGGUUUAACUAUGAAGCACUUAAACGAAAGGCCUUGACCCCUUGAAACAAAGCUUAUCUUAUUCAAAGUUUGUAACAGUGAUAAUUGACUACAAGCUUGCACUGCCAUGCAGUUAUCAAAAAAUAUGAAACAUUCGUUUUAAGCAGACACAACGAUUCGUGUCUAAAGGGGACAUGCCUUUUCUUUUCUGUUAAUGAUCCCACUGCAAUCUUUGACGUUGAUAAUCUCAGUUGAAUCUUGCCACUUAGAGAUGAUGAUCAAAUUUGUCUGGAACCAGUUGCUGCUAAAUAUUUAAAUAAGCUAAGCACACUUAGUUAAAUGACCAACAUUUGUACAAUAUGAGCAUGCAAAUUCUGUCAUGCCUUCCAGUUGUGUUCAACCAUACGUAUUUAUGCCUCUGUUGCUUUCUUGGAUGGCACAUUAUUUUGUAGCACGUUUGCACAAGCUUAUGCAAUGCUUUGCAUAAUGCUUUGAUGAAUCCGAUCCUAGAUCGCUCCAUUUUCACAGCAGCUUUCUCGUUAAUUCUGUGCUUGGCACAAAGUAAACUCCAAAUAAAACAGCCGAUGCAGCUGUCUAAAAGUCUUGGUUGCUUUUUAAAUGAUAAUGAAGCUUUCUGAGAAAUUGGCUUGGAAAAGUUGAUUAAAGUUGAUGGCCCGAAGUAUUUUAAGCUUAUGAAAUUUGCUUUUUUUCCCCAGAUGCAUUUCAAGAAAACCCAAAUUUAUGGCUCAUCUGAAUGUUGAACAAACUGAACUGUUUGGCUACACUACAUUUGAAUGUUUCACAAGAGUAAAAGGUUAAUGCACUUUUAUCUGUGAAGAAUUAGGGAGCGUUUGUGUGUUCAAACUCUUGU